AUGACAUUUUCUCACAUAGAAAAUUUGCGGUAUACAAAACUUGUUGAGACCUCCUUUGCACAAAAUAGGAUGGAAUUAAUAGAAAAAGGUGUUUUGAAAAAUAUGCCUUCAACGUUGGAAAAACUGUCUUUGGCUUUAAACCGACUCACAACAGGAAUAUAUCUAUUUGAAUUUUCCUUUCUGCGUAAAUUGAAAGAAUUUAACAUGACACUUCUUUUGAAACCCAUAACAAAUUUUCCGGAGGUUUUUGAGGAAUGCAUCGAAAAGAAAGAUUUUGAAAUAUCAGUACUAGUUGAGUCGAGUAAAAUUAAAUACCAGGAAUAUUCAAAGAAACAAAUAAAAAGACUUAAUCGGCCAAACAUAACAGUUUACAUUCCUCCAAAUCUUGUAACAGUUUAUGCUAAUUCAAGCAAAUUAUAUGGAGGAUUUCCAAAAGUAACCUUGAAUGCAACAAAAUUGAGAAACAUCUACGUUCAGAAUAAUUUGUUCUUUUCCUGGGAUAAACCCGUGUUUGGACUUGAGCUUGUCGAAAAUUUAGAUUUGUCGGACAAUUUCUGUUCUAGAAUAUCCCCUCGUUUUACUGCAAGCGGUACAGGAUUAAAAUACUUAAAUAUUGCAAGAAACUUUUUGUCUCGACCAAUUCAAAUGGACAUAAGAUGUCAUUUGUUUAAAUAUCAGCGAAACCUUGAAGAAUUUGAUCUUUCAAACAACAGACUUUUUCACCUGCCAAUCUGUACUUUUCAAAAUAUGGUAAAAUUAAGAAUACUUAAACUAAAUCACAAUCAAUUGACCGGAGUAAACUUCAGACUUCGUCACAUGACUAACCUUUCUUAUAUUGAUCUCUCCGAUAACAGAUUAACGGGCUUUACAAAUGAAACAAUGCAUGCGUUUUCUUAUAUCUUCAAAAAAUCAAAAGUAUCGAUAAAUUUACUAAGGAACAACUUGUAUUGUAGAUGCCAAAAUCUAAAAUUCUUGACGUGGUUGUAUGAAAACAGAAUGCAUUUCUUAGGUUUUCAAAAGUAUACUUGUUCAGAUCGUAGCAAUCAGUUCAAUUUUCAUUAUAUGGAACAAUCUCUACAAAAACUAAAGCUUGACUGUAUAGAUUAUGACGUUUGGAUAAUUACAACAACUGUCUCGAUAACUCUUGUGAUAAGUGUGUUACUUGUGAUAAUUAUUCGGAAAAACAUCUGGCACAUAAGGUAUUUCUUGCAUAAAAGUAAACGACAUAAUGACGGUUUUACCUCAACCAUAAAAGAAGAGGAGCUUUCUAAUCUGCUUGCAGAACCUGAUUUGCUGAGUUCAAUAGCUGAGGAAAGCUUUGAAAGAACUAGUCAAUAUGGAAUGAUGCAAGGACAACGGCAAUAUUUUUUCCAUGCAUUUAUAUCCUACGUAGGCGAGAAUAGGGGAUUCGUGUUCCAAAAGAUGAAACCAAAACUGGAAGCAAAAGGUUUGAGGUUAUUAAUUCGUGAUAUUCACUUCGAAAUUGGUAAUUCUAAAAUUGAUAACAUAAUGAAAGCGAUCGGGAGGAGUCAGAGAACUAUCUGCGUUGUAUCGAAAGCGUAUCUGAAAUCAAAAUGGCGAACAUAUGAAUUAAAUAUGGCGAAAAUGGAAGCUUUAAAGGAAAGAGGAUCCCUUGGAUAUGUCUGUCUUAUUCUAAUGCCUGACUUGUUUGAAGGGGGUUGUGACACCGCUAUAAAAGAUUUUAUAGAGGAAAAGCAUUUUCUUGACUAUCCUCCGGAAGAUUCAUCCUUGCAGGACGAAUUCUGGGAAAAUCUUACUCGCAUUAUCAAGAACUCGUGAUAGUAAUAAAAUACUAGAGCUACUGUGAGCAAUGAGCUCAGUAAGUGAUUCCUCCUGCACCCUGUGUGAUUUUAACGACAAAGUCCAUGUUUUGCUCCUGGAGACCUAUUUUGAGUGUCAGAUCAAAUAGUAAAAUAGAAGGUGCACAAUUGUAUCAUGUAAUAAAGAAUCUGUAAAAGUGUC